AGGAGGAGAGGAAAGAGCGCAUCGGCGCAUUGAGCCGCUUGAACGUGUCGCCGAAUGGUGGGAUGAUCACACGCGGGGGACGAUGAGCCGCUGACCGAGUCGGACGCCGUCUAACACGGUUGGGAACGUCCCUCUUGCAAGUCCGCUAGGACGUCGUGUGGAACCAUCAGAAUGUCCCCGCCUGCUUCCUGUCUGCCUUCUUCCUCCUCCUUUCUUCUCUCGUGCGCCGCCUCACUUGUGCUCCUGUCCUGCGCUGGAUGCGUCCAUGCGCAUUCACCUGAAAAGAACUGCUCCGCCGGGGGGGACCCGUGUCAGGAUGGUGUCCUGCUGCCUGUGUGGAACCCCCAAAACCCAUCAGUGGGGGACAAAGUGGCUCGGGCCAUCGUGUACUUUGUAGCUCUCGUCUACAUGUUCCUGGGCAUGAGCAUCAUCGCGGACCGAUUCAUGUCCUCCAUAGAGGUCAUAACAUCCCAGGAGAAAGAGAUAACCAUCAAGAGGCCCAACGGCGAGACCACCACUGCUACAGUCAGGAUUUGGAACGAGACGGUUUCCAAUCUGACCCUCAUGGCUUUAGGCUCCAGCGCUCCUGAGAUCCUGCUGUCCGUCAUUGAGGUGUGCGGCCACAACUUCUCUGCGGGCGCUCUGGGCCCAAGCACCAUCGUGGGCAGUGCCGCUUUCAACAUGUUCGUCAUCAUCGCGCUGUGCGUCUACGUGGUGCCUGACGGCGAGACGCGCAAGAUCAAACACCUGCGGGUGUUUUUCGUUACGGCCGCCUGGAGCAUCUUCGCCUACAUUUGGUUGUACCUCAUCCUGAGCGUCUUCUCGCCGGGCGAAGUGGAGGUAUGGGAGGCAGUGCUGACCUUCCUCUUCUUCCCCCUCUGCGUGGCCCAGGCCUGGGUGGCCGACCGCCGCCUCCUCUUCUACAAGUACACCCGCAGGCGUUACCGCGCCGACAAGCACCGAGGCGUCAUCAUCGAGACGGAAGGGGGGCCGGACGGGGACGGGGACGGGGGCGUGGGCGGGACGCUGGGCCAGGGCGGCUUCACCAAAAUGGACAUGCUGGAGCUGGACGGCCAGAUGGCCCUCAACUGCCACGGCGCCUUGGACGGCGGAAUGACAGAAGAGGGCUUGGCCAAGGAUGAGGAGGACGAGGCUCGGCGGGACAUGGCCAGAACGCUGAAGGAGCUCAAGCAGCGGCACCCCGAUAAAGACAUGGAGCAGCUCAUUGAGAUGGGCAACUAUCAGGUUCUGAUGCAGCAGCAGAAGAGCCGAGCGUUCUACCGUAUCCAAGCUACCAGGAUGAUGAUCGGAGCCGGAAACAUCCUCAAGAAGCACGCUGCUGACCAGGCCCGCAAGGUGGUGAGCAGCCAUGAGACCCAGGCCCAAGAAGACGACCCGCACACCAUCAGGCUGGAGUUCCAGCCCGCUUUGUACCAGUGCUUUGAGAACUGCGGCUCCCUUAAACUGACCGUCUCCAGACACGGAGGAGACCUUGGAGUCACUGUCAAGGUGGACUACCGCACCGAGGACGGCACGGCUAACGCCGGCUCUGACUAUGAGUUUGCCGAGGGAACACUUCUGUUCAAACCGGGCGAGACCCUCAAAGAGAUCACAGUGGGGGUGAUUGAUGACGAUAUCUUCGAGGAGGACGAGUACUUCUACGUUCACCUGAGCAACCCCCGAUUGGUGGGCUACCCCGAGAUCAGCACCUCCCCUCUCGACGCCGGCUCGGCCCCCAAAGCCGUGCUGGGCGAAAACCACACGGCCACAGUGACCAUUUACGACGACGACCACGCCGGUAUAUUCACCUUCGAGACCACCAGUCAGCGGGUGAGCGAGAGCGUGGGCGUGAUGGAGGUGAAGGUGCUACGGACGUCGGGGGCUCGGGGGCUGGUGGCCGUCCCCUACCGGACGCUGGACAGCACCGCCAGGGGGGGCGAGGACUACGAGCCGGCGUCGGGCAAGCUGGAGUUCCGAAACGACGAGACCAUGAAGAUCAUCGAGGUGAGGAUUAUCGACGACGAGGAGUAUGAGAAGAACAAGACCUUCACCAUCGAGCUGGGCGAGCCGCUACUCUUGGAGAUUGGACAGAAGCACGGAGACUCCAACGAGAACAAGCCGGCGGUGGGAGCGGAGGAGGAGGAGGUGGCGAAGAUGGGCUGCCCCAGCCUGGGCGAGCACACGCAAGUCGAGGUCGUCAUCGAGGAGUCGUACGAAUUUAAGAGUACAGUGGACAAGAUGAUCAAGAAGACGAAUCUUGCCUUGGUGGUGGGAAGCAGCAGCUGGAGGGAGCAGUUUGUUAGUGCGGUGACUGUCAGUGCAGGCGACGACGACGACGACGAGAGCGGCGAGGAGCGCCUCCCGUCGUGCUUCGACUACAUCAUGCACUUCCUCACCGUCUUCUGGAAGGUUCUGUUCGCCUUCGUCCCGCCCACCGAGUACUGGAACGGUUGGGCCUGCUUCAUCGUUUCCAUCUCGCUGAUCGGCGUGCUGACGGCCGUCACCGGCGACCUGGCGUCGCACUUCGGCUGCACGGUGGGGCUGAAGGACUCGGUGACGGCCGUGGUCUUCGUGGCGCUGGGCACGUCUGUGCCAGACACGUUCGCCAGCAAGGUGGCGGCCAUCCAGGACCAGUACGCCGACGCGUCCAUCGGCAACGUGACGGGCUCCAACGCCGUCAACGUCUUCCUGGGCAUCGGCGUGGCGUGGACCAUCGCCGCCGUGGUCUGGCGCGCCCGCGGCCAGACCUUCCAGGUGGACCCGGGCAGCCUGGCGUUCUCCGUCACCCUCUUCACCAUUCUGGCGUCGAUAUGCGUCGCCACGCUGCUGUACCGGCGGCGCGGCGCCACGGCCGGGGGCGAGCUGGGCGGGCCGAGGACUUGCAAGUUGCUGACGUCACUUUUCUUCGUGUCGCUGUGGCUCGUCUACAUCCUGCUGGCGUCCCUGGAGGCCUACUGCCACCUGCCCGCCUUGUAGACGGACGGACGAGGGCGGAGGACUCGUCAACCGGCGCCGGUUUGCUCCGGUGCAGUGCCAAGAUGGGAGAAGGAGACGUAACACUCGCCAGACUGAAGAAAAGAUGACCCAAAAAAAAAAGGUUCAUGAGGACA